AUGUCCAUCGUCGCAUUAGCAAGCGAAGACGCACCGUCUGUUCUUAACGAAGAAGAAACGCAUCGCCUCGCCGCCGAACUCGGCUUCACCAUACCCAACUCCCAAGAUGCGCAGUCGUACCUCCUCUUGCUCAAGUCAUUUGAGGCUGUCAUGCAUCAAGUGGACACCGGCGACGACUUUGUCCACCCCGCCCUAACUCCAGUGCUCACCACCAAACCUCGUUCAUUCUGGACACCGGAUGCCAAGGAUAACCCCUUGAAUGCCUGGAGUCACCGUUGCGACAUUGCUGCCGCUCAACCAAGUAGUAGUCUGCUCAGGGAUCGAAGCGUCGCGGUCAAGGACAAUGUGUGCGUCGGCGGCCUGCCCACCACGCUGGGCACGCAUCCCGAGAUUCUGUCCAAGGACGGACCUCUUCCAGUCUCGCCCAUCGACGCAACUGUCGUGUCGCGCUUGCUAUGCGCGGGUGCCGUGAUCAAGGGCUCCUCGACGUGUGAAAACUUUUGCGCCUCGCCCUUGGCUUGUACGUCAGUCACCGGACCGGUGCAUCACCCGCUACUGCACGGGUAUACGACAGGCGGCAGCAGCAGCGGCUCAUGCGCCCUCGUCUCUUCAGAUGCUCUGCUCAGGUUAGGAAAGGGCGUCUUUGGGGAGACGGCAGAGCUGGCGAUUGGCGGCGACCAGGCAGGUUCUAUCCGCAUACCGGCGUGUUACACGGGCAUCUACGGGCUGAAGCCGACAUUUGGACUCGUUCCGUACACAGGUGCUGCUUCCAUGACGCCCAUGAUUGACCAUCUGGGUCCUAUUGCGUCAAGUGUAGAAGAUAUUGCGACGUUACUCAAAGUCAUGGCGGGAUGGGACGGCAUCGAUCCCCGGAUGACGCCUGAGACGCCUCUCGUGGCUAACGUCAAGGACUAUCCCGCCCUAGUCGCCGAAUACCGUCAUGCAAACCCCGAGGGUGGACGACCUGUCAUAAGGGUGGGAUUACUGACCGAGUCGUUCGACGUGCAGGGUCUGUCGCCGGAAGUACGUGAUCUGGUGCGCAACGCAGCGAGAGAAGGCUUCGAAGCCGCCGGCGCAGAGGUCGUCAACAUCUCGGUCCCCAUGCACUCUGAAGGCCCCAUCAUCUGGACGGCUGCCACGCGUCCAUCCAUGUCUCUGGGUCUGGUUCAAGGGAAGCCAUCAGGCCAUCUGUCGUAUCUAUCGCCUCACAUCAAGGCGCAGUGGCCUCCGGAUCAGGACACUUACCAGCUUCUUACCCAGUCCAACCCGGCCGUCGUCAACAUUCUCCUCAGCCAAGUCUUUGACAAAUCCCAUCUGCCUCCGUCCGUCGAAGCCAAAGCCCACCGUAAAGUCUUCCAGCUGCGCGCCGCCUACGACGCGGCCUUUGCGCAGGUCGACGUGUUGGUCACGCCCUGCGCGCCGACCGUCUCCAAGCCCCAUCCCGACCCGGGUGCGUCGAUACUGGAGAGGCUGAAGCCCGCCAUCGGUCUGACGAGCAAUACGUGCCCGUUCAAUAUUACGGGACAUCCGGCGAUGAGCGUGCCGUGUGGGGAGAUUCCGCUGACGGAGAGGCCGGGUGUGAAGAUGCCAGUAGGAAUGCAGGUUGUUGGUAGGAGGUGGGUGGAUGAGAUGGUAAUGAAGGCGGCAAUAGUAUUUGAAGCCGGACAGAAGAGGCUGGCACAUAUGUGA